AGUUAAGAGCGAGUGUUGCUGACUGUGCAUGCGCGCGUGAACUCCCACAGUUUGAUCAAUGUCUGUCCGCUGCUCUUCUGUCCGUUUCCAUUGGCUCGCGGAAGAUUCGGACUAUGCCGUUUACGCACUCCAGAGUCCCACAUCCGCUCGCAGAGGAACAUCUGUGCUGGGAAACCAUAUCAGUGACUGUCCAGCUUUAAAAUGUGUCUCAAGAUGCUAAAUUUGAUUUUGGCUUUAUAUUUACUUCAAGGACUGAAUAACUUUAUCAGCGCGCAAAGUUCCGCGCCCUGGAGGAACCGGAUCCAGUGGGUGAAUAACGGCCAGGUGUUCAGUUUAAUGAGCACUGGCUCAGAGUAUCACGCACCGGUGGUGUCCAGAAGACAGUCCAGGGUUUACAUGAGCAGCAGCAGAGAUGCUGCCCGGGACAGGGCCAUGCGAAUUCGAGUGGAAGCGGUUGAGAGACCCACUAACAGCGUACCGGACAGCAGCACCGCGCUUUUGGGCCCCGACCGCAUGCAGUAUAUAGUGGCCAACAGCCGCGCACCUGGUGCCAGACAAAUGCAGGUGCGCCAGAGGCUCAGAGGUCCUCCCGGAACCAGAUCUAACAGCACCGUCCUGUCUGAAUACUCAGGCGGUGGAAGGACCCCGGCACAGGGGGGGAAUAACGCACGGAGGGCGCCAGCGGUUGCCAAUUUCCAACAGCUGACCGCGCCCACGGAGAAUUCAAACACCUUAAGUUCAGAUCAUGGAAGCUAUAAUGAAGCGGCUCUCCCCAGAGCGCAAGCUCCGAAUGUCCCAGUCGAGCAGGGAACAACGUCUGAAAGUAUGGCAGGAGAUGAUCCACGAAACAGGAAUACGGUCUUCUACAACGUCUAUCCACCCGGCGGCAGGACGCUCAUCCCCCGCCGACCGCCGCCUGGCACCGGGUAUGGCACCAGGUAUUUCCAGAACGGUCUUCCGGACCUUGUGCCAGAUCCAUAUUCCAUCCAGGCGGGCUCAUACAUCCAGCGCGUCCAGAUGUACGCGCUCCGAUGCGCGGCGGAGGAGAACUGCCUGGCGCGAUCUGCGUACAGACCCACGGUCAGAGACCUGGACUUCAGGGUUCUCCUUCGGUUCCCACAGAAAGUCAGAAACAUGGGGACGACUGACUUUCUGCCGGUCAAACCCAGACAUCAGUGGGAGUGGCACAGCUGUCAUCAGCACUAUCACAGCAUGGAUGCAUUUAGUCACUACGAUCUCCUGGACAUCAACACCGGACGGAAGGUCGCUGAGGGACACAAGGCCAGUUUCUGUCUGGAAGAUACUGGCUGCGAUCCUGGAUUUCACCGCAGAUACGCGUGCACCGCACACACACAGGGCUUGAGCCCAGGCUGCCACGACACAUACGCUGCCAACAUCGACUGCCAGUGGAUCGACAUCACAGACGUGGCCCCUGGGAACUACAUUCUUAAGGUCACUGUCAAUCCAGACUUCCUGGUGCCCGAGUCGGACUUCUCCAAUAACGUUGUGCGAUGUGAGGUCGUUUACACGGGCAUUUACAUCCAAACAAGAAACUGCAUCAUAACUGGGAGUUAAAGUCCCUGGGUCGGGUUAACAAGUUGAUUUUUAAAGGCCUAUAUAAUAGGUUUAAUUAUAAAAAAUUAUUUAAUUUAAAGCUUUAUCAGUAACUUGAAACAUUCCUUAUAGUUGUUGGAAUAAUAUUUAAUGACAAACGUACUGUAUCUAUUUUAGAUGAGUUUGAUGUCUUGCCCUAGUGCAAGUGGGAAAACGUACAGUUGCAAUUUUUAAGUCAUUGUUUUUGUGAUGUUUGCAUUUUAAUAGAACAUUUAUUUUAAAUGACUAGAUUAGUAUGUUGCUUUUUAGUGUUUGUAUUUAUUACAUAGAUUAUGUAUAAAAAAUAUAAGCAUCUAAGUUCAUAUCGAGGGACGUUUUGUUAUUAGAUGGUGAAUUCAUAGUGGUUGAGUGUUUUCCUCCAGCGCAGACCACUAGUGUAAGAUAUACACUUGAAAUAUUCAGAAGGUUUGGUUUUCCAGGUGUCCGCCCAUAUUUCAGUGCAGUGUCUUAAACAUCUUGAAAAGCUUUGCUGCUUCUUUGCCAUGAUUAUAAGAAUCUUUCCAUGAAUCCCGGACUUGGAUGGACGAAGUCGUUUGUGGCUUGAUAUGCAAUAAACAAAAAUGGAGAGAAUGUAA